CCAAACCCUCCUCCGUUUUUCCGGCGACCGACCACACCACACCUCCUCGGCACGGGCCGCUAUAUAGCCGCCUCCCUCGCCUCCGCCGCCGCGCCGCAUUCGCAUCGCGCCGCCGAGGCCUGGCCUGCUCACUAGACGGACGGGGUGUGGACUGGAGUAGACAGCAGCAGCCCUACCCGGGAGAAGGCCCCGUCGCGAAACCCUAGCCUCCGCCGGCGGCGGCCGACGGAGAUGGCAUCCUCGCCGCCGCGCGCCCCGCGGCGGUUCCUCUUUGACCUCAACGUCGCGCAGGAGGAGCCCGAGGAGGAGGAGCCCGAGGAGGCGUUCCAGGAGGUAGUGCCGGAGGAAGGGGUGGAGGGAGUCCCCGUGGAGCAGCCCGAGGAGGCGGCUGUCGAGGAGGAGGUCCUGGAGGAGGUGAUCGAGCGCGAGGAGGAGCCCGCGGAUGAGGUGAUCAUGGAGGAGGAGAAAGCGGCGGCGCAGCCGCCGCAGCCAUCGGAUGAGGUGAUGGGGGAGGAUGAGGAGGUGGGGGAGGAGGAGCCGGGGGCAAGGAGGAAGAGGAUGGACUACGAGGUCUUCGUGGGCGGGCUCCCGCACGACGCCGCGGAGGAGGACGUGGCGCGGGCGCUGGCGGACGCCGGGGACGUUGAGGAGGUGCGCCUCGUGCGGGAUCCGGCGGACCAGCGCCUCAACAAGGGAUUCGCUUUCGUCCGCUUCGCCGCCGCCUGGCAGGCGCGCUGGGCGGCCAACGACCUCCGCGAGGCUACGAUUAAGGGAAAAGCAUGUGGAAUAUGCAAGAACAGUGAAAAUGAGACCCUUCAUGUACGGAAUAUAUGCUUUGACUGGUCAAGAGAUGAUUUAGCUGAGAAACUGAAACCUUUUGAGUUGGAGAAUCUGGAUAGAAUUAACUUAAUUGAGCACCCAGAAAAAAGGGGGAAAAACAGAGGCUACGCAUUUCUUGACUUCAGAACGCAUGUGGAUGCUGUGGCUGCUUUUCUGAAACUACAGGAAAGAGAUCUAUAUCUUGGUACUGAUUUUAGAGCACACAUAUCAUUUUCAAAUACUCUUUCACAAGAUGAUGAGAUCAUGGAAAAGGUGAAAUCUGUUUUCUUGGAUGGCUUACCACCUCACUGGGAUGAAGACAAAGUGAGAGAAAUGUUUGGAAAAUUUGGUGAAAUUGAUAACAUACAACUUGCUAGAAACAUGUUCACAGCAAAGAGGAAAGAUUUUGGAUUCAUCGGCUUCACGACAAGAAAGUCAGCUUUAGAUUGCAUUAAAAUGGUCAAUAAAGAGGGUGUUGGUGAAGGCAGUGGAAAGGUUCUCAUAAAAGCUUGUUUACAAAGGCCAAGACAAAAUUCCAAGAAGCAUUCCUGGCAGGGCUCUAAUUCCAUGUUAGGUGUCAGAAGAGGAUUUGUAGACAAAAGUUCUAGUAGUAGACACCACUCAGACAGAUAUAGGCAUUUUGAAAGGCGUGAUUAUUCAGAUAAUAAUGCUCAUCGUCACCGCUCUAUGGAUGUUGAUGAAAGGCCUAUUUCUGUGCGUGGAUACAGAGAUUACUAUCGAAGAGAUUAUGCAGCCUAUGCCCCAAGCCCUAAAUAUGGAAGGACACAUUCGGGAACCAGGUUCAGGGAAGCUUAUGCGGAGAGUCGAUACUCUAGUAAAUAUCCAAGAUACAGGCAGGAAAUGCAUGAAGAACAUAUGGAGCGAGAUGCAUACCAUAGGAGCAAAUAUGGACAUUCAUACCAUGACAGGGUGCAUGGAGCAUCUUGCCCAGAAUGUAAUUUGAGUGGUCAAAAUUGUGAUUACCCCAAUGGUGAGGAAUUUUCUGCAACCAGUGGUUGUGAGCAGGCCUACUAUAAGACGGACCGUGACCGUACGCCUUCAACGUCUCAAGUAGCAUCUCAUUGUGAGGAUUCUUGCUGCAAGGGCAAUCAGUUGAUGCCUAAAAGUUCUUCUGUGAUGUGUGAUUGUGAUGAUUGCUUUGUUGAACAAGAGUCAACUCCUAGUCCAAGUGAUCAUGCUAGAACUAGAUCUAAUCUUCAUCGCCGGUCUGUCAAAUCUUCUCGUGAACAUCGGAGCAGACUUGCGCCCGAUGAGCAGUCUGCUUUUGAGGUUGAGUACACUGUCAGGGAAAGCCGAAGCCGGUAUUCAUCUUCCAGGGAUGCGUCCAGUACCCACUCCAGGAAGCACCAUAGGCCAGCAAGAUAGGCUAACUGUCACAAGAUAGAAGAAAAUCUCCUAGCAGCUCGCUUCUGAUAUUUUGUAGCAUGAUCGAUAUCAUCGCGCUUUUGACAUCCUGUCGCGUUGCAGAAUCUGCUUGAAGAACAGCAGUAUACCGUUCUGAAGUUAUAACCAAAUAUCUUUUGCCUUUUCUUGGUCC